GUUGUGGGAGGACGGCUGGAAGCAGAGAUACUACAAGACCAAGUUUGACGUGGAAGUUACAGAUGAUGAUUUCAGGAAGAGGGUGGUGAAGUCGUACGUGGAGGGUCUCUGCUGGGUGCUGCGCUACUAUUACCAGGGCUGUGCCUCCUGGAAGUGGUACUUCCCCUUCCAUUAUGCCCCGUUCGCCUCCGACUUCAAAGACAUCAAAGACAUGUUCACCGAUUUCGAGAAGGACACGAAACCGUUUAAGCCACUGGAGCAACUGAUGGGAGUGUUUCCUGCUGCCAGCGGCAACUUCCUGCCUCUAACAUGGCGGAGUCUUAUGAGCAACCCGGAUUCUUCCAUCAUCGAUUUCUACCCCGACGACUUUGCCAUCGAUCUCAACGGCAAGAAAUACGCUUGGCAAGGUGUGGCCUUGUUACCUUUUGUGGACGAACGUCGGUUGAGGGCGGCUCUGGCUGACGUCUACCCGGACCUCACACCUGAGGAAGUGAAAAGAAACAGCCUGGGAAGCGACGUGUUGUUUCUCAGCAAAUCUCACCCGCUCUUCGACUUCAUCCACGAACUUUACCGCACAGAAGCUCGGGAGGGCACUGAGAUCCCUGCAGAGCUGUGUCAUGGAAUCCAAGGUGAAUUAAAUCUUGAUGACAACCCGAUUCUACCAGAUAACAUAGUGACGUCGCCCAUCCCGAUGCUGCGGGACAUUUCACAGAACAGUUCAAUCGGAGUGAAGUACAAGGACCCGCAGUUCGCAGAUGGCUUCGUGUUCAAGGCGGUCCUCCUGCCUGAAGCCAAGCUCCCCAACAAGGUCCUGAAACCAGGCGACUGGGAGAGAGGGAACAGGGAACCGUGGCGACCGCAGCUCGGCUUCAACCCAAACAGGCAUCAGGCUCACCUGGACCAGUCGUCCUUCAGAGCUCUGGGUCACAGCCUGAACAGAAACCAGCGCGGUGGAGGACAGUACAGCAGCGCGCCGCCACCCAACAGCUACCAGCGAGGAAACUACCGUCCCCCACACAGCGGCGGCCACCAGCCUUUCCAACAUUCCAGGCAGAACAGUUUGCUGGGAGCGCCUCCCUCCUCGUACCAGUCCCAGUAUCCAAGGAACCAGCAGCAGCAGCAGCAGCAGCAGUCGUACAGUGGAGGCGGGGGGGGUCAUGGCUGGGAUCGGAAUAUGCAGUCACAGCAGUCGGCGUACCAGCAGAACAUGAACCGCGGGCGGGGAGGCGGCGGCGGCAGCGGCCAGGGCAGCUACCAGCAGCAGUACGAUAAUCGCAGAGAGGACUGGCAGGAUCGCAGGAACAACUGGGGGCAACAGCAACAGGGCCAAGGCUCCGGCAGAGGUUACCCUCCCCCUCCUCCCUCCAGAAGACAAAACUGGAAUUAGAUAUAGGAAUAACGAUGGACUGUGACGGGGCGGGGACGGGAACAUUUUUAGGAGAACUUUUUUUUUUCGUUUUAUUGACUUGUACAAUUGUUUUUCUGUUUUCUUUUUAUUCUACUUUCAAAAACAACUUGUUGUGUAACUUGUGAUUUUUAAGGUAAACCACAUGUAAAACCUAAUACAAGUGAGUCGAGGACAAAGUGUCCUGCUGUGUUUAAUUUUGAGAGAAAUCUCCAAACAGUCCAUGUGUUUUACCAAGAGAUAAAAAAAAAAACCUGAUGAAAUAAAAGAACAA